GAAAUUAAGCUAAUAUUUUGAUUUAGUAGUUUUGUAUAGUUCCAAUUUUAUGAAUAUCACAAACUACAUAUAUAAUAAUUUUGGCUCUGGUCCUAUCCUUAAUCUAUGUAGUUAUGUAAACUCAAUAGACUAACUAUGUGACUGCUAUUGCAGUCGAAUCAGAUGUCAUUAAUGUUUUGUUUUCUUUUAUUUCGCGCCUUUUCUUUAUUCAUUAUUGUUGGGAAGUGCUAUAGGAGUUAAAAAUUCCAAUAUUUUAGUUUGGAUUGGAUAUUUUAUAAUUGUUUUUAUCUUGAACUUAGCUAUACAUAUUUCAAAUUCAUAUUAUUCAGUAUUUAAUGGUUAUAAGGGUUAUAUUUCGUUAUUUCAGCUAUCAAGGAAUAUUUAAUAAUGACCAAUUCUAACUAUUUAAACAUAUCAGAUAUAUUAGUAUCGAACGAAAAAAUACCUUGCAAAAUUUUACAAGAUUUGCCUAAAAUGGGAUUCCUAGAUCCUUCAGCAACAGAAGACGAUUUGAAGGUUGGAUCAAAUGUUGAAAUUCCAUUGUGGUUGGGAGAAACUCUGUACUCUAGAAGACCUCCAUUAGUCAGUGUUGACUUACCAAAAAUAUAUAAGGAUGCUUAUAGGGAAAUACUUAAUGCUGAUGCUUGCACAAUUGAUUUACACAAAUUUGCCCAAUACUUUUAUGAACUAGGUUGUUAUAUUGCCAAAUAUGAUAUUAAGGGAGAGGUUGCUACAACACUUGUUAAUACAUUUAAACAAAGAUUUAGAAUGUUGCUGGCAGCUAGUGUCUCAAAUGACUCUAUUGGUACAAUGCAACCAUUAUCAGUAAGUGAGCGUGAAAGGGCUGCAGCAGCUGCUGCUACUGAACAUGCUUUAUCAGCCUGGCUCCAAAGAGGCGAUUCCCCCCUCACAACAGCCUGUAUGGUAGCAAACCAUCGGAAACGUAAAAGAGCAGAAAUGGAAAUGUUAUAAAGUUUAUAUUAAUGUGUAGUAAGCUAGUGUAGUGUUGCAUCCAAGAGUUCUACAUAAUAGUUCUAUAUACCUAUAUAUUAUAGACUUUUAAAUAUUUAGAUUACUGCUAAUGUAACAUUGUUAAGUUAUUGAAUGUAACAAUUUAUUAAAUUCAAUUUGUAAUCAGUUA